GCGUCUCUCCAUGUCGGGGCGGAUUUCCAUCCUUGUGCGCUCCGCUCGGUGCACCGACCCGGUUUGAACCACCGCCGCUGUCUCCUCUCAUUCGUCUCCUCCUCUCAGCCUCCCGGCAGCCUCACGUGUGUGUGUGUGUGGGGGGUGUGGGUGUCUGUGUGUGAAGCAGAGAGUGUGUUUUUAUUUUAUUUUAUUUUAUUUUUUAUGCGCGCGGACAUAUUUUCGGUCUCUCACACUCCGGGGUGCGAUGCCAUUCCUCCCGCAGGAACCUGAGCGCCUUGAUGGGUUGUCUCUACUUUACUGGACGAUCAUGGGCCCCCAUGGCAUCAACCGAGCUGUCCAGAGGCUGGAGUUCUCCGACUGCAAGAAAGGACUCGGGGUGAAAAUAAUCGGAGGCUACAGGGAGCUGACAGGUGAAGACUUCGGGAUCUACAUCAAGCGUGUGAUCGCUGGCGGCCUGGCUGCUCUGGACGGUCGGCUUAAGUCAGGUGACCUGAUUCUGGAUGUCAAUAACAUCAGCCUGAUUGGAGUGACCAAUGAGAGGGCGGUGGAGAUCCUGAGGAGCGCCUCGCUCUCCAAUCACAUGUCGCUGCUUGUCGCCAGAGAUGAUGAAUCCAGGAGGGAGUUUGCUGAGCUGAUGGAGAAGUACGGCUCCAAUAACGUCACGUCAUCGGGAAGAAUCUCUCCAACGCAGCUGUCCACGGGCAAGCUGACGGACACGGCGUCCUCUUCGUCUUCCUCCAGAUCAGAGAGCCCACAGCUGCUCAGUCCUAAAGAAGGAAUCACCACCUACAGCCACGCCACGCAUUACGCCACCACCCCGGCCUACACCGUGCACACUCCGGCACACGCCUUCAGUGACAGCGUCAUUCAGUUGAUAUGUGUCGCCAAGGGAACAGGCCUGGGACUCGUCGUCAAAGGAGGGGCCAACCGAGCUGAAGGACCAAUGGUGUUCAUUCAAGAAAUAGUGCCUGGAGGAGACUGCCAGAAGGACGGCCGGCUGCAGGUGGGAGACCAGCUGGUGUCCAUCAACAAGGAGUCUCUGAUCGGAGUGACGAACGAGGAGGCCCGGAGCAUCCUGACGCGCACCAAACUCAGACCGGACCCCACGGUAGAGAUUGCCUUCAUCAGGCGGAGGUCGUCGUCCAGCUCCAGCAGCGGCUCCCACAGCCCCGUCUGCUUGCAGGGGUGUGGCGUCGGAGCCGGACCCCAGACGAAGGCCCUCGGGUUGGGCUCCGCGGCCCUGCAGCAAACCAUGGUGACCAAGAUCACUUCCAGCAGGAACCCCGCCUGCGAGACGCUGCCGCCGGUCAACGUCACGCAGGUGCGAGUCGCUCCAGGCAGAACGGAGCAGACGGGAGUCUCCUCAGCGCCGCAGAGCGACAGCAGCACCGACACGAACCCUGAUUCUGGGAGCAGCCAGCCACCUCAGAGGAAAUGUUCGCUCAGCUCCAGCUGUCGAUUCAAACUGGAACGACUGGAGCAGGCGCUGGAUCUAAUCGGUCUGAAGCCCACAGAUGCUCAGCGGCAGGCACUUAGGUCCAGACUACGAGCCGAUCCGACUGGAACAGUGGCCUUCACAGACUUCGAGAGCCUGAUCCGGGAACUGUUCAAGCCUCAGCUGGAGGAACUGUUCGGCACCCAGUCCAGCUCCAGGUUCACGUCAGACGACUUCUCCAGCCUGCUGGAGUCUCCCACCAACCCACCGCCGUCGCUGUCAGACUCGGACGACCUGGAGGAGAUGGAGAAGUUGAGGAAGGAGCACAUUGAGGCUCUGAAGGAGAUCAAGACACUGCAGGAGCAGCUUGUCGAGUCUCAGAGAGUUCACCAAGAGCUGGAGGACGAGCUCAACAAGGUCAAGCAGGAAGCGAAAGUGGGAGCAGAGGAGAGUCGGACUCUGAGGACCCGGAUCCAGCUGGCCGAGGAGGCCCAGAAGCAGGCCAGAGGGAUGGAGAUGGACUACGAGGAGGUCAUCCACCUGCUGGAGGCUGAAAUUGCCGAGCUGAAGACUCAAAGGGUGGAGCAUCCAGCAACGACCAAGAAGGAGGAAGCCGACGAGCUGAAGAAGAAGGUGGCUAUUCUGGAGUGUCAGCUACGGAAGAGUGAAACGGCCAAAAAGGGUUUUGAGAUGUCAACGGGAAAGCUACUAAGUUUUGUGGAGAACGUUCAGGACUUUUUGCUGGAAAGUCACGGACCCACAAAGAGCUACAGCUCCGGAGACGUCAAAGCCGGCUCAUCGUCCCACGGCGUCCCCCCUCGCUACAGGAAAAGCCCGUGGACCGCCGCCACGCUCGCCCAGGAGGCGAAAGAGCUCACGCGGUCCGUCAGAGCCGUCCUGGAGGUGGACUGUCCGCCUUAUGGCUGGGAGCAGGCCUACACCACAGAAGGAGUCAUAUACUUUGUCAAUCACAUGACCCAGACGACAUCAUGGAGCCUACCUGAAGCCGCCACCGCCACCGAGCCGCCUCCAAAGGUGGAGGCCUCGGCGCCGGCGGCCGAAUCCAACGGAGAGGAGACGGAGACGCAGCAGAGUCCAGCUCUCGAGACCAACAUGUAGGAGCUCAGUCUUCCAUCCUGUCAUCUCCAUCAUUACUGAAUUCUUCUAGGCGUUCGCCCUGCAGAAUGCAGCCGCUCACAAUACUUUGUUUUCUUUAAAUAUAAGGCGAAUUUCUUUUUUUUAAGCCAAAUUUGAUCCAAAUGUUGACGCAUUGUUUAAGAAACCUGUAAAAUAGCUUUUUCGGAAACCAAAAGAGGAUCAAGGACCUGCUUGGUUACACUGGGGUCAACGGCCAAAAAGUAGUUUGAGGUUUUCCAACUUUUUUAGAGUCAUUUUGAUGAGCUGAAUCCAAAAAUCACAUUGGUUUUGCUCAAUCGGGUCAACUUUAGGAACUAUGGGUGCAAUAUGAGCAUCAAAAAUGCGUUAUCUGUUCUCAAUGCGUUAUCAGUUUAACAUUACAUCAAUGCGUUAACAUUACAUCAUUGAUCUGGGAUCAAUGAUGUAAUGUUCAAUUCACAUGUACUCACCCUUAUCAGUGUUUAUUAUUCAUUUUACAGAAAUCCAAGUUUGUAACAUUUAAUUAAUACACUAUUAGAAAGCCAUUUUUUUCUCCUAAAACCUUAUUUUAUUUUAUUUUUUUAUGGAAAAGGAAUAUUAAAGGAAAUGAACUCAUGUCACAAAAGCGUAAUCAAUUUAGUCAGAAGAUCAGAUUUCUCGAAAUCAUAUUAGAAUAAAAACCUGACCUGGUUGAGAAAAAUGGACGUCAUUUUUUGGAUUCAGCGAUGCAAAAUAGUCCUAAUUCAGUUG